AUGGCUGCCGACAAGGAAUUCACCCUCAAGGAGGUUGCUGCCCACAGCACCAAGAAGGAUCUCUACGUGGUCAUCCACGAGAAGGUCUACGACUGCUCCUCCUUCAUCGACGAGCACCCUGGCGGUGAGGAAGUCCUGCUCGAUGUCGCCGGUCAAGACUCUACAGAAGCCUUUGAGGACGUCGGACACAGUGAUGAAGCCCGUGAGAUCCUCGAGGGUAUCCUAGUCGGCACCCUCAAGCGCAUGCCUGGCGACCCAGCCCCAGCCGCCGCUCCUACGACCACCACAACCGCAUCCGGCUCCAGCGACUCUACUGGCCUCGGAGUCGGUCUCUACGCAAUCGUUCUAAUCGGCGCUGCUCUCGCCUACGGUGCAUACCAGUACAUGGCAACCCAGCAAGCACAGCAGCAGGCAUAG